GACCAGCUCUCUCCUUCGCUUUGGGGACCGCAGUGUGACAUUUUCCAGGAAGAACCAGACUGGUGCUUUGCUGGCUGUGUUUAUGGUAGACGAGGAAACAGAUGGUAGCUCCAUCCCUCGAAAUACCAGCCUAUUGCAUUCUCAAACUGCGCGAGACAAAAAAGGAUCGUCGUCCGCCUUACCUGGUGUCUGUAAUGUAAAUGUAGUCGGAAAAAUAGUGAUCAGCAGAUGUAAUAAAUAAGUCGAGGCGAAUUCCUUUUUAAAGGGCCGGUGAGAACGUUCUGGCCUCGGGCAUUUGUAUUGUAAAAGUAAAAUAUUGCUGAGGUGCCAGUGAAAGUGCAGGCAAACAUAUGCUUGAAGCAUGCAACAAUAAUCUAGAAAUGGCUGUCACUAUGUUCCUUGAUGGUGGAGGGAUUGCUGAAGAACCCAGCACUAGUACUGCAAGUGUUUCAAAUCUGCGACCACAUACAGAAGAUGAAGUGAGGGCACCUAUUCCUCAAAAACAAGAAAUUCUGGUAGAACCCGAACCCUUAUUUGGUGCACCAAAAAGACGUAGACCAGCUCGUUCAAUAUUUGAUGGCUUUCGGGAUUUCCAGACAGAAACUAUUCGGCAGGAGCAAGAAUUGAGAAAUGGAGGAGCUAUAGAUAAGAAGCUCACUACCCUUGCAGAUCUCUUCAGGCCGCCAAUUGAUUUGAUGCAUAAAGGAAGCUUUGAAACAGCCAAAGAGUGUGGUCAAAUGCAGAACAAGUGGCUCAUGAUUAAUAUUCAGAAUGUGCAGGAUUUUGCCUGUCAGUGUCUCAAUCGUGAUGUUUGGAGCAAUGAUGCUGUAAAAAAUAUUAUCCGGGAACACUUCAUUUUUUGGCAGGUAUACCACGACAGUGAGGAAGGACAAAGAUAUAUACAAUUUUAUAAAUUGGGAGAUUUCCCUUAUGUUUCUAUCCUGGACCCCAGGACAGGGCAGAAACUAGUGGAAUGGCAUCAGUUAGAUGUAACUUCUUUUUUGGACCAAGUGACUGGGUUCCUAGGUGAACAUGGACAACUGGAUGGACAUUCCACCAGCCCUCCCCAGAAACGUACUCGCUCAGAGAGCUUAAUUGAUGCGAGUGAAGAUAGCCAGUUGGAAGCUGCAAUCAGGGCAUCAUUACAGGAAACACAUUUUGACUCUGAACAAAUAAAGCAGGAAAGCAGAUCAGAUGAAGAGUCUGAAUCUGAGCUUUUCUCUGGAAGUGAGGAGUUUAUUUCUGUUUGUGGUUCUGAUGAUGAUGAGCCAGAAAGUUCUGCCAAAUCUAGAAAAUCUCCACACAAGGAUUUGGGUUGUAGAAAAGAGGAAAGCAGAAAACCUCAACCUGAAUCAACAUCAAGAACUGAACCUGAGAUGAUAAUAAACCACAGAGGACUAUCAUCUGUAGAUUCAGGAGUGCUAGAGGAAACUGGAACUAAGCUAGAUGAUUUACAAAAAGAGCCGAGCGUGAAUGGACCAAAAGCACAACUAAUGCUAAGAUAUCCAGAUGGGAAGAGGGAACAGAUUUCAUUACCUGAACAAGCUAAGCUUCUGGCUCUUAUCAGACAUGUACAGUCAAAAGGAUACCCCAAUGAACGUUUUGAACUCCUCACCAACUUUCCCCGGAGGAAACUUUCCCAUUUGGACUAUAACAUCACAUUGCAGGAAGCUGGUCUUUGUCCACAAGAAACUGUAUUUGUUCAGGAAAGGAAUUAAUUUCCCCCUUUGUCAUCUCCAUGUACAGUACUAACUCAGUACAUAUGCAGAAUUGAAAGCAGGCAGCCAUUUCUCUCCCAUUCUUUAUGCUAUUAUUAACACGUGAACAAAGUGAAAUUGGCAGAAAAAGUUCAUUGAUGCUGGAAGAAGGCUUAUGUGUUCAGUAGUUUGUUGCUGUUUCAAAAUAAAGUUGCCUAUACAUCCAGCAUGCUGCAGAAGAGAACACCAAGAGCAAGAACAAUUUUCUUCCCCUAAGAAAAAAAAACCUUUUCUUUAAUACAUUCAUUUUUCAAAGGUCAUAUAACUAGGCAUUAACGAAUUCUUCAGACAGCCAUGUCAAUAUGUGUGAUUUUGUGUUUCCAAUUGACAUGUGCAUUGUUUGGUUUUCAGCAUAUGUUCUUUUUCCUUGGGUUCCACAUGUUUUGAAAUCAGUAUGCUUCCUACCGUAUACUGCUGCUGGUUGCAUGUAAUAAAUUGUCACACAUUUAUGGUGCACAGGCUUUUUAGGAAAGAAGUGCAGGCUUUAAUGACUAUGUGAAGAGAUUCUGUGUUUUGGCUACAAGUCAAGAAAAAAAACAAAUGAUGUGCUAGAUUCAUUGCCCAGGUAAACUCAUAAAUCAGUGACCUUGCAAAAGGGGCUGUAGAAUGUGAAACAUGAAAAUGUCUAUUUUAAAUUGAUUUGUAUGUAAUGCUUUUGUUAGAGAGGAAUGUGGUAAUAAAGAAAAAUAAUACAUGUACUUAGUAGUAUAAAGUUGCCUUGUGUAACUCAGAACUGCAGGCUUCUUCCUUUUCACAAUUAAAAUUAUAGAAAGGGAAUUGAUUUCUUUCCCCCCCCCCCAAAAUGUUACCAGAAGUGAAACAUUCAUAGAGGUUGAAUGUAAAACUUAUAAAACCACUUCUUAUUGUUGUUUUUGUUCGCUAUUCUGCCAUUUGGAUAUUUCUCCCAUUGACAUUUAGUGAACAUGUGCAGAUUCUGGGCCCCAACAAGCAUCUUUUUUCCCCCAGAAAUUUUGAAAUAUUUUUGAGUAACAAUUAAAUUUAAUUACGUUAAUAAAAUUUAAUUAAAGUACAAACCAGUAAACAUGGUUUCCCAACAAUAAAUACAAUUUGGAAAAAAUAAAAAACAGCUGCUUGCCAUCUUUUCUAAAUGGCCAAAAAAUUAUAGAUGUGCUCCAGAUUUUAUACAAUGGCAACUGAGUGUUGGAUCAUUUGGAUCUGAUAUUUGGUGUUAAACUGUAGUAGGACGGGUUGUAUUGACAUUACAUUUGAUUAAGCCAUGUAUGUGGACUUAAGGAUUAAAGAUACUUAUACUGCAUUGUAGAAUGAAAAAAUUUCCCUACUUAUUUUUUUUCCUGUACAGAUACUAGAAACAGAUAUAAGACAAAUGUUGCAUGGAUUAAUAAAUGUUUUAUACAUAAGCCACAAUUGCUUUUAUGUUCAAAACCAUGCAGCUAAUUCCUAAAUUAAUGGCAUGUAAAUUAGUAUUACAUUCCUAAACUAAUUAAUAGAUCCAUUACUGAGCAAUAUGCUCACUAAUGGAUCUAGCUUUAAAUAAGAAAAGUUUUUGAAAAUCAAUGCCUACAAACAUUUGAGGUAUAGGUAAAAAGAACAGUGAAGGUUGAUGCUGUAGGUAGCUGUAAAAGUUAUCUACAUGUUUGUAUCUAUAAAUACCAUCUACUGUUGCUCUACCUUUUUUAAAAAAUCGUCUUUCAUCCUUCAUUUUUCCUUCAAUUUUGUUGUGACCUUUCCUGCAUUACCUUUCAGAAAUCUUAAAGUUCUUAGUCUGUUCCAAAAAGCUGCUCCUGUGUAUGAGCUGUGUGAUGUUUCAUCCAAACUAAUAACUUGUUUACUCAUACAAUUUAUCAUAUAUAGAAAACUGGAAAUGUUUGUAAAAGUUCCAUAUGCUUAGAGAGGCCCAGGUGUUAGUAGUUAUCCUGCAAAUGUUCAGAACAAGAUCUGCAUUUUCUCCCAUAUUUAAAGAAAAUCUUUAAAAGUCUACAGUACAAUCCUUACUUUAAUCAGAUUGCUAAAUUCAUUAGCAAUUUAUAAACUACUGGAAGAAUGGCAGUGGUAAUAUCCACAAAUCAUUAAACUGUAUUUUUUAAAUCUCUAACUCAAAUAUAAUACAACAACAACAACAGAGUUGGAAGAGACCUUGGAGGCCCUCUAGUCCAACCCUCUGCCCAGGCAGGAAACCUUACACCAUCUCAGACAGAUGGUUAUCCAACAUUUUCUUAAACAUUGUUUUCCUUGUUCAGUAGUUUAUACCAAUUUAGCCCCCCCCCCCCCCCAAAUCCAUGUAGGUAUUACUUAGCAAAUUAUAUCAAGGCGUCAUAUUCAAACUUAUUCCCGACUGCUGAGCAUAAGGAUGUAACAGUAUUUAUGCCAGUUGAGCUUUUCUGGAGAAGUAUUUCUACAGUUACUAUAAAAAGAGGCACCUUGUGAUUUACCUUCUCCUGCACCUAAUCAUAAACAUAUAGCAAUAGCUUAUAUGUUACUUAUAUACUGCUUUACAGUGCUUUUACAGCCCUCUGUAAGCGGUUUACAGAGUCAAUAUAUUGUCCCCAAAAAUAUGGGUCCUCAUUUUACCAACCUCAGAAGGAUGGAAGGGUGAAUCAAUUUUGAGCUGGUAAGAUUCAAUCUACCAAACUGCUGGCAUCCAGUGAUCAGCAGAAGUAGCCUGCAGUACUGCACUCUAACCACUAUGCCACCACAGCUCUUUUGAAUCACUUUGUUUUAUUUUAUUAUACUAGAUCAGGACUUUUCUUCAAAUCCUUGCACUUAAGGCUGGCAUUGCCUUAAUGGAAAGUACUUUCGUUCAUAUAUGGAGCAAUUUUCAAAAUUCCCUGAAAUUGUACCAGCAAAUUUUUGGUAGUACAUUGCUGAUCAUUAGAGAUCAGAUUUCAUACCCGUUGUUGUCCAUGAAGCAAACAGAAUGUUGCAUAAGCUUAAUACCAGGAAAAAAUGUACCCUAGAAAUUGCAGCUUGCCCAUUUGGGUAAUUUGCUGUUUUUGCAUUGCCUUGCCAACUGCAAGCUUUAGCCAGCCCCCACUUCCCCUGAAUAUUGACCCUGACUUCUGUCCAAUGCAGACCCCUGUAGACUCUCCUAUAAUACAACCCACAAGAUUUCUGCCCUAGUAACUGGUGAGUGUGCUAGAGAUUAGGUAAGGAGCAAACCUGUUUCUACAUGUCUAAUACUUCCCUUAACAAAAUCUGUAAAAAGUGGAAAUAGCGUUUGGAGUGAAGUUGAUUCAAGCACAGAAACCAGGAUAACCACAAAAAUUUUCAUUUAGUCAACAUUUAGUUAUUUUUUUUAAAACUUUUAUCUUAUAUAUCUUCCAUUUAUUGGUUUUUAUUCUUAUCCUUAAACUAGUCUGGAAGUUAAAUCAUGGCAACUGGACUUCUUUUUGGUUUGAAAUCUUUCGCUGCUUAUCUAAGUAGCUUCUUCAGUCUGAAGAAAAAUAGUUUAGCAGAAUAUCCUUAAAGCAGUUUAGCAGAGUAGUUGAAGGCCUUAUGAAUGGUGGUUCUAAAACACUCUGAGAAAGUGAUAACUCUAGAAAGUGUCUUCCAAAUGGGAAAGCAGCACAUAAAUCUUAAAAACAAAAUUAUUAUAAUUGGAUAAUUUGAAAGUUAUUGUUACUAGUAUUUUUACAGGUUUUUGUUUUAAAGAUUACUAUUCAAGGAAUAUGGAUAAGAUUAUGUAAAAGAUGUUGUGAAUCCUUGCCUGAUUCUAGAUUGUCUUCUUUUGUCUCUAGACCUAAACAUCAUUCCAUCUUAGGCAAAAUAAUUUUUAUAUUGUUUUUCAAAAAGACAGUUUUAGCAAACACAAAUAGAACCCACUGGAGGUUCUAAUAUUUCAGUCCUAUUUCAGUUUACUAUUGAAGCAGAUUAGUGGUCACAGAGAACUUUGAAAGGAUCUUUGGAGGACUAACACCCCUGUCCACACACAUAACUAAAUGAUAACGCAUUCCCAGCAGGAGGAGUUUAGGGUGUAUCUAAACAACAAUGAUGUUUGAUAUAAUUGACAAGCCUGCCAUCUGCAAAAUCAUUUGAGAUAAACUCUUCAUUGUCAUUGUUUCCCUUUUAAAUAUGUGGCAUAGCUGCAGGUGUAAUAUUAGAAGAUGAAUUCAAAAGGCAUUCCAAAGUCUUUUAAUUAAAGUUUAUCUGUUUAGAGAAAUUGAGAUAUUAAUAAUACCAAUAUUUAACUUUGGACGAUGUGAUUUGGAUUCUGAUAAAAUUGUGGUUCCUUCAAAACAUUAACUUUUUAAAGUUGGAUUGCUAGCUUUAUAUUGUUAUAGCUUGAGUAUGUAAAACUGUUGUCUACCCUUCUACUGGUAAUAGAAGCCAUUUCUUUUAAUUAUGAUAUAAUUUUAAAAUGAGUGGGGGAAGAGAUUUCACUUGCUGUGAUGAGAAUGAUCAAACUCAAGGCAACCUCUGAUCUAUAUGUACAACUGCUGCAUUUUUAUAAAUAUGUGUAAAUGUCCUUCCUAAUGUAAUAUUUUGAUCCUGAAAAUAAAUCAGACAUUUUCA